CCGCGCGUCGUACGGAUCGGAAGUUGACAGUUUACUCUUAAUUAAUUUACCGUAAUAUCAUCUUCGAUUAAUAAUAAAAAAUCAUUGACAUAUUAGAUUAAAAUAAACAACGAUAUUUGAUAGUGAUACGGGACUCGUAUAUGAUAAAUAUAAUAAAAUAAUCUAUAAAAAUGACAUUUUUAUAAAUACAUUUUGUGACAAGUGAAAUAGUAGUAGAAUUUGAAUGAGUUCGCUAGAAACAAUUAAAUAAGAGUGUAUUUUAUAUUACUUUUCAUUUACGAAAGAGUGAUUAUUCGUAAUUUUUUUUUUUUAAUAAGAGGUUAGAUAUACGCUUUUGAAGGUUCAAUAUGAUGUGCGCGCAAUAAACUCAAACGGUUCAACACGUGUUCGCACGUACACGUGGACUUAUCGAAAUGUGAGAGACAAGAGGAUAAAAGGAAGUCGAUUGUUGUUGGGUGCUGUCAAUGCGACGUCAAAAAUUUGUGAUCAUCGUUAGGAAUACAACAAGCAAGUGGACGGAUAUACAUAAUGGAGAAUCUUUAUACUGGUGCAAUUCAUGGAUUUCAUCAGCCUAACGGAGGUAUGAUAGCAAAUGGUUUUUCCACAGGGAUUGCCAGUUCCUUCGAUCAAGAUGGAGUAUUGAGUCUCAUCGUCGUUCUCGGAGGAAGUCUUUCUUUGGUCGCACUCGUUUUUGCAUUUAUAACUUACAGUCUGUUCUCCGAUCUGAGAAGUUUGGCAGGUACCACUCUCAUGAAUCUCUUAGCAGCCCUUUUCAUGGUUCAACUCCUCUUCAUCGUUGGAGUUGGGGGUGUUCAGGAUUCGGAGCUUUGCAUUUCUCUGGGAUUGAGCCUUCAAUAUCUGAGGGUAUCGGUGGUUUGUUGGUUAGCUGCGAUGUGCCAUCAUCUGUAUGCCACAGUAGCCUCAAUACCACGCCGUGACGAUCCACCAACCUAUCUCAAAUACAGCGUCUUUGCCUGGGGCGCACCCCUCAUCACUCUUGCCGUGGCUACCCUUGUGCAGAGUCGAGAAAGCAACGAUUUCUGGAACGUCGUUGAUCUUACGCCGUUCAACUGCUGGUUUCUUGGAACUAACGCAACGGUCUACGCCUACGGAUUACCAAUCGUCCUGCUUCUCCUGGUCUCCGGAUAUUACCUCGUGAAAGCCGCGAUCGUAUCAAGGUAUACGUGUAGCAUGCAAUUGGAAAUCAAGCAACGCGAGAAAAUGAAGAGGAGGCGUACGUUGCAACUGAUGCUAUUCCUAAAGGUUUGCCUGAUAGUUGGUCUUGUGGCAGCUUGCGGUGUUGCUUCGAGAGUUUGGAAAAUGCCAUUUUUGUGGGCCAUCUUUUGCACCGGUCAUUCGCUUCAAGGUCUCUCCGUGGCACUGUCGGUCGCAUGCAAUUGCAGAGUGCUCAAAGUCUACGCGAGAAAAUCGCAUCCUCAACCGCAGCAGAUCACCAAGUCGAGUAGUAGCAUGCAGCUGUUAGCACCAGCACCGGAUCCGGUUUAGAUAGAAAUUCCACUAGUUGGUCCCAAUCUAGACUGUCUCAUUUUAACAACGGAUGGAAAAAGAAAAAGAAAGAAAAAAAUCAAAAGGGAGAGAGAGAGAGCGAGCGAGUGAGAGAUUGAGUGACAGUUUGAGUGAGAGAUUGAGUGAGAGAGAGAGAGAGAGAGAGAUAGUAUCAAGCUAAGAAGAACAUACUUUAUAAAAGGAGAAAGGGGGAAAAGGAAGUUACAAAAAUAGAUCGUGUCGUCCACGCAUCGUUGCUAUUUUUACCUAAAGAUUAGUUCACGGUUCAAUUAUGAGUUCGUUACCCUGACCUUCCACGUAUCGAUGAUUUAACUAACAUAAAAAGUGAUACGAUGAAUUAUUAUAUAGGCCAGAAAUAUCGACAAUUGUUUACAACAUUAUCAAAUCUUUCCAAAUGGCUCUCCAUCUCGCUCUCUCUCUCUCUCUUUCUCUCUCUUUAUCUUUGUUUCAGUUCGCAACAUUUGAUAACGAAACGAUCUCGCGUUUCUUAUACCAAAGUAAUUUUGCAAAGUGAACACAAUUAGAAAGAAGAUAGAUAAGUAAAUGAAUGAAUGAAUGAAUAAAUUUGGCAAAUUUCUAACAAAAUUGCGAAAUUUUGUUCGUAAGAUUUGUAAACGUGUGGAGAAGAGAAGAUCAUCGAUAAAGUAUUAUAAAUGUUUUUAGGCUGAACGACAUAUCAUCCUUUUGAAUAUCGUAAGUUAUAAUAUUUGAUUUGUGUUAUUUAUUUGUAUUUGUAUUUGUAUUUGUAUUUGUAUUUGUUAUAUCCGAUUUGUUCUAAACCAAAGAAUCGCAUGAAGCUCGAUAAGUCUUUCCAAGAAUAAGAAAUCUCUGUAUCGAAUACCGAUAUUGAUUGGAAUCGAACGGUUACAAGUAUCGAGUUAUGCAUCGAACGUUCUGAACUAACUGCUAUCCUGCGAUUCCUUGGUAGUAGUGGUCGGUCGGUCUUGUGGUCGACGUUCUGUUUGCGGGAGAUGCAAUUAACACUAUCUAUGUAACGAGAAAUCUAAGCGAGAUCGCAUUAUUACGUUGCAACAACAACAACAACAACAACAAUAAUAAUAAUAA